AUGCUUGACCAAAUUGAUAAUUUAAAGAACCAAAAUCUUCUCCUAUAUAGUCAGAAUGAUCUUUUGAGCUCCCAAGUAUCCAACCUUUCAGGGUUAUUAUAUAGUGUUGACUUAAGAAAUCGAACUCUAUCAGAUGAAAAUCGCACCCUUACUAAAGAGAGGCGAUCUUUCUUAAGUGAGAAGGCGACCUUUACGCACCAAUAUCAUGCUCUUAGAAAGACUUGCACUGAACAGGAGGAAUCUCUUCAUGCAUUGGAAAGCCAGUAUGACAGGGAUAUGAAGAGGUUAACUAUGGAGAAUGAUAAAAUUAUUAAGAGUAAAACGAAUGUGACCGUGAACAUGAAUAAGCUGCGUGAACAACAUACACAGUUAAAAGAAUCUCAUGAUAUUCUGAUGAAGAAGAAUGCCUCUCUUUCCCAAGAUGAAAUGAAAAUCCGAUCUUGCCUUCAAGGUUUAAUAAGUGAUGAUUUUGAUAAGCAUAGGGAGGAUUUGAAAAAUAGUGGCAUUGCCUUCCCCCAAUAUUUUAUUUCUCAGUAUGAAGCGUCUGAGAGAACCUACCAGUAUACCAUUCAGAAGCUGAGGUCUGACCUGACUAAAGCUCAUAAAGAACGCGGGAAGCUCUCUGUGAAACUUUCUUCUUCUAGGGACAGAGCGAAUAGGAGAUGUCUAUACCUUAAGAGAUUGAUGGAUGUUUAG